GAAGUGGAACUCGAUUCGCAUUCGUCAGCAGGAUUUGUUUUCGUUAGGUUAGUUUUGCAGGAACAAGUGAUAGAAAAAGUUAACUAGAUUUAUUAACAUAUUUUAAAUUAUUAUUUUUGAAUUUUUUGAAUAAAAUAUGUCGGGACAGUGGGAAGUUGUUCGAGGAAAGAAUGAUCGUCGUAAUAACAAAGUAGCUCUUCCAAAAACAUCUAAUAAGCCUUCGGAACCCAAAAAUAAAAAAAACAAUAUUUUAAAUGGUGUUAAAAUCGAGGAAGUUUUGCCGAAAUCACAAGUUCAAAACUUAUACUCUGGUAAACCUAGUAAUAAGGAGAAUAAACCGCAAGAGAAAGUAAAAAAUAUUGAAAUAAAAAAAUCUGAGAAAAAGCCUAAAGCCCCGCCAGAACCUUCUAAACCAAAGAUUCCAAAAUCUAUUGAAGCUGCUUUGAUGGGAAUCAAUAAUGAAGAAUUUAAUUCAGUUUUUGUUAGAUCAAAGACAGCAUUUCCUGAUGCACCAAUUCUUUGGCUGAAGGAAUUAACUCAAUUUUUAAACCAAAAAAUACCUCUUGAAAUACAGGAUCCAGUAUUUUCUUCAAAAUCCCAUGGUUUUCCGUUAAAUGUGGUGCCUUCCAAUCUUAGAACUACUUUAGAGAAAGCAAUAAAAGAAUCGGGCAAGAGUAAUGCUCAAUUAUAUUUUGAUAUUGCUUUGACUUCCAUGGUAACAGAUUUAAGUAAAGGCCUUCCAGCCGUAGGAUAUAGAUUUUUCUUGCAACAUAUAGCAAUGAACGAGCCUAAACUUGUAACAGAUAAUCUUCCUAAACAUAUAAUCCUUCGUAACUCUUACCAAAACAGAGCCAAUAUUGCCUUAUCGAUUUUGUGGGCUGUGGGACAUGUGGGUAUAAGUGACUUAAAUUGUGGUUUGAAAGUGUUUGAAGAAUUGAUGUUGCCACUUUUAGAAUUGAAAAAUUAUUCCCAUUACAUUGUAAGAUAUUUAUUAGAACUUACUAGUAGAAAUUAUGAAACACAAAUAACAAAGGACCAAUAUUUACUAAUUUUGGAUGUUAUUUACUCAAACAGAAAAAACUUUCCAGUGGCAUUGCAAAAAGACUUGACAAAAAAUUUAUCAAAACUAAAAGCAUUAUUGUUUAAAAACAGUAAAGAAAAGUAUCACAGUUAUGUGGAACCUUUCUUAAAAAAGCUUGUUAGUAAUAACGGUAAUAACAAUACUGGUUACCAGACAGCAAUAUGUGAUAUUAUUGUUGAAAUUUUUACUAAAGACCAUUCGACGUUGGCAUCGUGGAAUAAAGUGUAUGCCAAAAAUUUACCAGCAAGUGCCACAUUGUUAAACUAUAUAAGUGAUAACUAUAAUAAUAUUCAUCCUAAUCUUCAAAAAGCGAUAAAGAAUGUAUUAUUAAGUUUUGCAAAUAUUAAUCAAGAACUGUCUUUAAAGAAACGAAAAGAUGAAGGAUUGAAGGACGUUAUUUUAGGAAUAGAGAAACUCCAAGAGAGAAAGCCUACUGCUAAACGACGAGGAGGAUUCUUUAAAAAAUUAUUUGUAUUUUCUAUAUUUGCUGCGAUAGUCUUUAUAUUUACUGAACCCUUACGAUAUCCCAGUAAACCAAGAGAGGAAUUGUUCAUAGUGCAGUUAACCAGUAAUGUUACAAAUUUGGCAGUAACAGGAUUAAGUUGGGUAGAUGCAAAACUUGAAGAUAACAUUCCAGAGCAAUAUGAGCUAGUAAAAAUUUUUGUGAAACCUUAUUGGUCUCUAGCAAGAGAUGUGGGCAAGAUAGCAUACAAUAUACAAGAAAAUGCGAGGCAAAGUUGUAUAGGAUAUGUAAAGGAAAAAUACCCUAUUGUGUUAGCAUCUGUUGAUAGUUAUGCACCAGGGUUAAUAGACAAUACUCAGACUAUCUUUAAAGAUGCAUUUACUAAAUCCAUAUAUUACUAUCGUACCAGUGUGAAUUAUUUACAAAAAGAAGUAUUUGUUGGACAGCUCUCACCAGAAAAUAUUCAGAGAGCAGUAAUUCAAGCAUAUAAUACCACUUCUGAAAAAGCCAUUGAAUAUUAUCAUUGGGCCUACGAAAAGGUUCAGACAUCAAUCAAAUAAUUUGGCAGAAAAUAGAUCUUUCUUAAAAUAUAACUGAUUCAUACAGGUGUUUAGGUUUCUAUAAAUUCAUUUGAGUAUUCAGACAAGACUUCUAACUGAAAAUAAAAAUUAAUUCAUAUUUUUUUACUGUAUAAAAUAUUUAUUUAGGUAGAUGUGUUGUUAUCAAGACAUAUAUGUUGUUAAAUAAAUUUUUUUAAAUAAAAA